AUGGGAGAAGGAAAUGGAAGUCAGUCUGAGCAAGAGGAUCAGAUUCAACAAGAAGAAACGAGUGGAGUUCAAGAGGUACCAAUGGGGAACGAGUCAGAUGAGGAAGCAGAACUUGUAAGGAAGAGUAGACUUCUAAGGGAGGAGAUGACCGAGCAGUUACAACAAACUCUAAUCACUACUGUGGCUGAUAUGAUCAAGACUAGCAUCACGGGUCUUCGUGAUGAGAUAAGACAAGAGCUAAGACAAGCUACUGCCGAUCUGAACAUAGUGGUUGAUCCGGAUGCCUACUUGGAGUGGGAGAAGAAGAUUGAGAUUGUCUUCAAUUGUAAGAACUAUACCAACACUCAACGAAUCCAACUCGCUGCAACUGAGUUCUAUGACUAUGCUCUGAGCUGGUGGGAUCAACUGGUUACCAUGAGGCGGCUUAACCAAGAAUAUCCAGUGGAAACAUGGAGUGAGAUGAAGUCUCUUAUGCGCAAGAGGUUUGUACCGAGCCACUACCACAGAGAUCUUCACCAGAGACUAAGAAAACUCACUCAAGGAGCUAAGACCGUAGAGGAGUACUAUCAAGAUAUGGAGCUGUUAAUGUUGAGAGCCAGUAUUUCAGAAGAUAGAGAAGCUACUAUGUCAAGGUUUCUUGGAGGGCUCAACCGAGAAAUACAAGAUAAGGUGGAGAUGCAACACUAUGUUGAAAUAGAAGAGAUGUUGCAUAAAGCCAUUCUAGUGGAGCAGCAGCUCAAGAGGAAGGGACAUUCACGUGGAAGCUAUGGGACUACUCGGUUCCAAAGUCCUAAGGAAGAUAAGCCUAACUACCAGAAGGAGAGUAAACCUUAUCAGAAAGAUGACACCAAACCUAGCAACAUCUACAGCAAGGACAAAGGAAAGACAGGAGCCUCUGGUUCCAAGACCCGAGAUACUGAAGAAGAGUUUGAAGAAGAACCGGUCAAGGGAAGGUUGUUAGUAACAAGAAGGCUUUUGAAUCUUCAAACUAAGGCAGAUGAGAUUGAGCAGCGUGAGAACUUGUUCUACACUAGGUGCUUGGUUCAAGGGAAGGUAUGUAGUCUUAUCAUUGAUGGAGGCAGCUGUGUCAACGUAGCUAGUGAGACUAUGGUCAAGAAGUUGGGUUUGCAAGUUCAGAAGCAUCCAAAACCAUAUAGACUGCAGUGGCUUAAUGAGCAGGGCGAGAUGAGGGUCUCUGAUCAAGUAGUGGUACCUAUAACCAUAGGGAGAUAUGAGGAUGAGAUCUUAUGUGAUGUGAUACCUAUGGAAGCGAGCCAUAUUCUUCUCGGACGACCAUGGCAAUCUGAUAGACAUGUGAUACAUGAUGGCUUCACCAACAAGCACUCGUUUGAAUUCAGAGGUAAGAAGACAGUGCUGGUGCCAUUAACCCCUAAAGAAGUGCAAGAGGAUCAACUCCAUCUACAGAAAAAGAAAGAGAUUGAACUCGAAACUGAUCUCAACAAGCAGCAUAGCUUCUAUGCCAAACAGGGAGAUGUCAAACGAAUUCUCUACUCUCAAAACUCUAUUUUGUUGCUUGUGUUUAAAGAAUCUUUGCUAACCACCACUGAUCAUACACCGGACCAUCCGAGUGAACUA